AUGCUACCUCGUGUUGGUAUAUUUGUCACAGAAUGGUCAGCUGAUGUACUCAUACCUUUAUUUCGGCAAGUUGGGUUUUCAGUCACAGCUUUAUGGAGUAGAACCCCUCAGGUAGCUAAGAAAAUAGCUGAUAACUUCAACAUCCCGUACUAUACCAGCAAAUUAGACGAGUUAUUGCUUCGUAAAGAUGUCGAUCUACUUUUUAUCAAUUGCCCACCAUUCUUACAUGCAGAAAUAGCUGUCAAAGCUUUAGGCAUUGGAAAACAUGUUGUGUGCCAGUUGCCGUCAGGAUUAACUACUGAGGAUAGCGAAAAGAUGCUGGAUGCUGCACGUUAUUAUCCAAGUCUGCUAUCGUUAAUUCAACACGAAGCACGCUUUCUGCCUGCUUAUGUUAGAAUGAAGGAAUUAAUUACGAGUGGAUAUUGCGGACAUUUAUUACUGGGUGAUAUUCGCAUUCACACGGGAUCUCUAGUUACUAACCAUUAUAACUGGCUUUGUAACACUAAAAUGGGGGGUGGCUCGUUAAAUUUGAUUGGAAGUAGCGUCAUUGAUAUUGUAUCCUAUUUGACAAAUAGUAAGGCUACGGAAGUGUUGGGACAUUCUCAUACUUUUGUUGAGCAUCAAGGAAAUAUUCAGGGCUUCCGUGCUAUAACUAGUGAUGACUUUUGUACGUUUCAAAUGCUGCUGGAUUCCGGAUUACGUAUCAACGUAACAAUAAAUACUUUGCUUCGUGGUAGUUGUUAUCAAGAGCUAAUUAUGAUUGGGGAAGAAGGCCGUUUAGUUAUUCGGAAUGACAAUUUAUUCGGUACAAGGAAUGAUUCAGGAAAAGAGGAAAUUCUUUACAAUUCAGAAGGGGAUCAAAACGAAAAUGGAAGCUAUACUUCACCUUAUAAUCGGCAGGGCUUCUAUUUAACCGCAGGAUUGGAGUUCGUUAAGGCCUUAAAGAAUGCUUUCGUAACUUGCAAAGAUGACAUAAACGGAUUAGUAAAUUAUGAUUGUAUUAGGAAAGCUGCUACAUUUAAAGAUGGCCGCUACAUUCGAGCUGUUAUUGACGCUAUCCGUGAAUCAAAUUUUACUAGAAAAUGGAAUCGCGUUAAACUUGAUGAUCCACAAAACGGCUACGAAUUAAAUCCAUAA